UCCACUCCUGCUCUCCCGAACUCCACCAAAGAAAAACUCUGCGCAGGGGGAAAGCCCUAGGCCGCUCUCCCCCGCUCCGCCUCGGCGUCCAUGGCGACGGACGCCUCCCCCCCUCCGGCGCGCAAGAGCCCGGGGCCUCAGCCGGCGUCGGACCCCCCGGAAGACGACGCCCCGCCGCUGCCGGCGGGGUACAUCUUCAUCUGCAGCGGCGAGACCAGGCCCGAGUGCUUCAGGUACAGGGUGCUGGGCCUUCCGCGGGGGAGGCUGGACGCCGUCUCCCGGAUCAGGCGCGGCGCCGCGCUCUUCCUCUACGACUUCCACGCCAAGUACCUCUACGGGCCCUACCGCGCCGACUCCGACGGCGGCCUCGCCCUCGAGCCCGCCGCCUUCCAGGGCCGCUACCCUGCCCAGGUCAAAUUUGUGAUUGAUGGUGAUUUCAUGCCUAUCCCAGAGAGUAGCGUAAGAAGUGCCAUAAGCGAGAAUUAUUCCCGUGGGAAAUUUUGGCCUGAACUUACCUUUACGCAGGUUGAGAAACUGAGAGCAUUGUUUCGUCCAAUUGCUUUAUCGCCAGUGUCAGAGGCACCACCCCCGCAUUAUGUUGACAACAGGCAUCCCACCCAAUCUGCUGCUUUUCUACCUCCUUCAGCUUCAUACCCAACACAGCCAGCUUCUUAUGUGUAUCCACCAAGCACUUAUGCUCCUCCUCAAGCUGCCCCUCUGGUGCCAAAUAACCCUUACCCACGCCCAGAUUCUCACCUUCCUCUGACUGCUCAAUACACCGUACCUGCUUACUAUGCGACCACAACUGCGUAUCCGUAUCAAGCAGGUUAUCAAGCAUAUGGUCCACCUCCUGCCACCUACCACUACGCCCAAGCGCCUCCUUUGCAAUAUGGCUAUGCGCAAGCCCAACACUACGUGCCUUCCUCUGAUCCCUACUAUGCUGCUAAUCAGAAUGAUCCAUACCGAUUUGAUGCUGUGAAAGCUCAUUACCAGGAAACUACUUCUGGGAGAGCUGCCUAUGGUGUACCACAUGAAGCGGCUGCGACGAACCUGCAACUUGUCAGGCACUACGGGUAUGCUCCAGGCAGCGAGGGUGCAACCGGAGGAACUACCCCACAACCCAGUGCUUAUGGAGCAGCGCCAGCGAUCGACUCCUUCCCGGGCGCCCCAGCGACCUCUCAGGCUGUGCCAUUGGUACAUGCCGCCGCAGCUGCACCAGCUUACCUGUGACCAUUCAGUUCUUUUUGCCAGCAUGAUCGACCUGAAUCAAAAGCGCUGCUGCUCUGCGCUGUGGUGGCUUUGCCAUUCUUUCUACCAAGGGACUGGGAUUUCGGAUCGGUGAAAGAUGGCAUCGCUCUCGUUUCUGCUGAUGUGUUUGAUAUGAUGUAUAGAUGAUGAGUUCAGCUGCUGCUCUUUAGUUUGUUAGACUGGUGGUACUAACUGGUAGCUGUUGGUGUCAAGACUAGGGUGGUAUGAGCUUAUGUAACUUCUGUAAGGGUAACUCUAGCACCUAUAUUGAUUUCUAUCCCUAAAAACUGCCAAAAUGGUGGAAAAACUCACUGUAGUAGUAUUAAAAAUAUAUCCCUUGAUCGUUUUGCGCAA